GGCGGUGAGCCCAGGCCGGGGCUAUCUCCGUGAGGGGAACCGAAGCGGGACUUGCUAAAUGUGGAAUAUAUCAAGAUUAUUUUAAAUUAGAAUGUUUUUUGAUGUAAACUCUUUGUAUACUUUCAAAGCUAAUCAACAAGAAAGGAGACCUAAUGAGUGGAAAGACAGCAGGUAGCAGCCCUUAGUCAACGACCAAUGGGAACUAACAAGCUUUAGGGAUGUAGUAAAUCAAAAUAGUGGUGUACGGGUAUGUAUACAUUGAUAAUUUGGCAAAGGACUCAAGGUCUGUAUACCCUACAGCUGAACUAUCUUCAUUAUAAUACUUAAGAUCAUGUCUAAGGGUCAAAAAGACCCUGCCCAGGUGGAGACUCUCCCCCAUUGCAUGUGAAGUUAGCUGUGGAUUGGCUAACAUGUAUGGAAAUUACUAUAUAAUAGAGGGGUUGACCUUGGAAAAAGAUUAACUCUGAACUUCUGUAAAUAACGGUGUGGAAAGUCCAGUGGGGUGUGUUGGAUUUGUGGAAAUCCACCAAGAAUCCAGGCUUGUGCAAAUAAUGUCUCUCGCAAGCGUGUAAUUAUUGGCUUGUUGCACACCACAUAAUAAAUGAUUUUGAGGACAACAGGACGGAAUUGCCUUGAGGAGAACACCCAGAGAUCCAGGCUAUACCAGGGGAAACCAGCCCCAUUCCCCCUACACUUUCUGUUGCACCCUGAACAGAACCAUUCCAGAUAGUUUUUGCUAUGUGAAGAUGUCCUGAGGAGCAAGCCUGCCCCAGGAACAGAUCUUCCACCAGCCAGAGGGAACCAGUGACCCAGAAAUAGACUUUACAGACCCAUAGAAAUGCAGCCUGCCACAUGCUGUGCAAGUUCCUCCUUUUUUCCCGUUUUUCAACUUUCAUACAACCUAUAGCAUCACAUAUCUGUUCACAUAUAUGAACUAUACACUCACACAUCUUUUCAGUGUAAAUGACAUAUAUUUAUCAGUAUGGAUGGAUGUCAUGCUAAUAACCAUUAAUUAAUAAUAAUAUGCAUCAACAGACGAUGCAGAAGAAAGGGAGUGAGCAGACUUUAUGGGUACUACCUCCAGUACAACCUACCAUCACAGCAUUAGUGUAUUAUAACAAUGUGCAUUAAGGGAAAAUACUGGCACAGGCUUCCCAGUGGUGGAGUCACCCUCCCUGGAAAAGUUCAAAAAACAUGUGGAUGUGCCACCUGGGGACAUGGUGCAGUGGUGACCUUGGCAGUGCUGCAUUAAUAGUUGCACUCCACGAUCUAAAAAGGCUUUUCCAACACAUACAACUCUGACUCCAUAAAAAGUGAGAAGGAAAGGAGGCAAAGGAGGGAAAGGAGGAGGGGCUACCAAAUUUCCAUCAUUUGGUGUUAAAUUUUAAAGAAGAAAAACACUACUAACACUUUUCAGUUAAUUCACCAUGUCUGAAGGCAUGAAAAGGCAGGAUUCACUGGGUCUACCUGCAGCUGAAGGGCACUAAUGAACAGCUAUUACUUAUUUGGCUAAAUCCUGUAACCCGAGUCUUCGUGGUGCACUCAGGAGACGGGUGAAUGCUGCUGGAUAAGAGCCUCAAGCAGCCAGACUAAAGAUUUGAUGAAAUGCUCCUAUUAUGAUACUUUGCAGCCUGUAGAAGUUGGUUACCUGAUCUCCUGUGCUGUACCUGAGCCUCAUUGUUGCAGCUUUUAAUAACUGAAUAUCCAGACAACCUAUAAAGGUGCCUUUGAGGAAAGAACUGACAAGAGUCAGUAUUUCCAGCUCAAAAUGGGCAACAAGCAAACCAUUUUCACUCAAGAGCAACUGGAUGCAUAUCAGGACUGCACAUUUUUCACAAGGAAAGAAAUUCUGAGGCUGUUUUACAGGUACCGAGACCUGGCCCCCCAGCUCGUUCCCCUUGACUACACCGACAAACCAGCCGUGACACUCCCCUACGAACUCAUCAGCAGCAUGCCAGAGCUCAAGGACAACCCCUUCCGCCAGCGGAUAGCAGAGGUGUUCUCAGAGCAUGGAGACGGCAAUAUGACUUUAGAUGAUUUUUUGGACAUGUUUUCUGUGCUAAGUGAAAUGGCUCCCAGAGACUUGAAAGCUUAUUAUGCUUUUAAAAUUUAUGACUUCAACAACGAUGAUUACAUAUGCAAAUCAGAUCUAGAGAAAACUGUUAACAAAUUAACCCGAAAUGAACUGACCCCAGAAGAAGUCAGCCUUGUAUGUGAAAAGGUGAUUUACGAGGCCGACGUGGACAAUGAUGGCAAGCUGUCCUUGGCAGACUUUCAACAUAUGAUCAUACGAGCUCCAGAUUUCCUCAGCACCUUUCAUAUUCGAAUCUGAAUCUAGUCAACCACGGGGACAGGAGCGAGCCCUUCUGGGACUUUUAACUAUUACUUCACCUGAGAUUACCAACCGUGAGAGCACAAGAUGAGAGGGGCAAAGAGGACAACUUCUGGUAACUGAACCAGUCAGAGUUUAUCUCUUUAAAAGGAACAAUUCAUUAAGCUCUUCAUCAGGAUUUCCCUGUAAUUUAGCAAAAUGUCUACUCCCCACCCUCAGCUAGAACAAACUUGGCCUGGACAGUCAGAAGGGAGGUAUUUUUUUUAAAGUUCAGAUACCACGAGGUAGUAAAGGAAUUUGUAUCAAACUAUAACCUCUAAAAAUUCACCCAAAAAUGCCUUAACCAGUAAAAAAAUCCCUUUCGUUUCAAAACCGUAAGUAACUUCUUUGAUUAUUUAUGGUCUUAAUAAAUGGUCCAGUGAAUCAAUUCCUGAAGUAUUCUCCCACAGUGCAGGAUUUACAAUGAAAAAGUCAGCAUA